AUGUAUGAAUAUAGCAAUAUUGUCAGUACUGCUUUGUCUUGUGCUUCUACUUCCCUUAAAAUGCCUUCUGUUUUUCAUGUUCCCAAGCUCUCUGCAAAUCUUUUAUCUGUGAACCAGUUAUGCAAAGAUAAUCAUUGUAUCAUAAGCUUUGAUUCUGCUGGUUUCUGUAUACAGGACAAGACAACAAAGGACAAGAUAACAAAGGUAAUUCUUCUAAAAGGCUCUAGCUGUAAUGGCUUAUAUCCGAUUCCUUGUAAAGUUCCAUAUGCCCGGUUCUCGUUUUCUAGUCCAACCGCUUAUCUUGGUCAGCGUCUUACAUGUCCAUACACCCCACAGCAGAAUGGUAUGGCUGAGAGGAAAAACAGACAUGUUGUAGAGACUGACCUAACUCUCUUGACUGCUGCUAAUAUGCCUGGACAGUUUUGUCACUGGCAAGUUUUUGAUAUAGUCACUGACAAGUUUGUCAUCUCCAGACAUGUGAUUCAUGAUGAAUCUAUUUGGCCUUUCAAGUCAUUACGGCUCAGAUCAAUGUCUGCCUCUGUUUCUGAACCUCCAGUAGCAAUGCCACCUAUUUUCUUUCCUUUGCCUUUGCAAGAAGAUUCACCUCAUGCUACAACAGUCGCACCGCCAGCUUCUUCAACAUUGUCUUCCUCUGAAAUCUUCUCAUCUUCUACUUUUGCAUCCCCUUUUGAACAACAAUUAAGUGGUUCAGAAUCAGUUCUUGUUCCAGAGGUUCAUCAUCCCCUUUUAGGUGAUCCUCACCUGCUAGUUUUACCUCCUCUUGAGCAUUCAUCUUCGGGUACUUCCUCUUCUGAUUCUUUACCUAUCUUUCCUAUUAAUACUCAUCCCAUGCAUACUAGACUUAGGGAUGGCAUAGUACAGAAGAAACAGUUUCUUGACUAUGUGGGGUAUUAUACAUGUUUGAAUGCUCGUAUUGAAUUAGAUGAACUAGUAAACCAUAAGUUAAGACAACUUGUUAUUAAGAACGCGUUUUUACAUGGUGAAUUGGAAGAAGAAGUGUUUAUGAGGCAGCUACAUGGGUUUGCAGAUCCACGUUAUUCUGAUUUUGUAUGCAAGCUUAAGAAAUCAUUGUAUGAUUUGAGGCAAGCUCCAAGGGCUUGGAAUGCCAAAUUCACCGGAUACUUACCAGCUAUAGGUUUUCAAGCUUCACAGUCUGAUCCUAGCUUAUUUGUCAAACAUUCAGAUUCAGAGGUUGUAAUUCUCUUACUCUAUGUUGAUGAUAUCAUUCUCACAGGUUCUAAUGAGAAGAUGGUUCAACUUGUGAUUGAUGAGUAA